AUGGCGGGGCUGUGGCGAAUGCGGAGUGUGACGUUGCUGCGCGCAUGGGCGAGGCGCGAUGCAGUCUCGAUGUUGUCGCUUCGGACGUACGCGAGUCGGUCGUGCGUCGCCAAAGCAUCCAUUGAGCCCAUGCCGCUGCCAUGCAUUGACCAGCACGAGAUGCGGCAGAGCCGCGUCAUGGGCGGGAGUCAGCAUGUAGGUCCGGCCGCGAGCCAAAAGGACGAGAUGCUCGGACCCGAGCCGUCGUAUACCAACAUUGUGUCGGGCUAUGAUAUCUUUCUUUGUGAUGAGCCCUUUGCUCUCGACUAUGGCAGCGUGCUGCCGUCGUACCAAAUUGCCUACGAGACGUGGGGCACGCUGAAUGCUGCGCGUGAUAAUGCCAUCCUGCUGCAUACGGGCCUGUCUGCCAGCUCGCACGCGGCGAGCACGCCGAGGAACACGAGCAAGGGGUGGUGGGAAGACUUUAUUGGGCCAGGCAAGGCACUCGACACCAACAAGUUCUUCGUCGUGUGCACAAACGUGCUGGGCUCGUGCUAUGGCAGCACGGGUCCGUCGAGCGCGCACCCUCUCGAUGCGGAUGGCGCGCCGUAUGCGACACGCUUCCCCGUGCUGAGUAUUUUUGACAUGGUACGCGCCCAGUUUCGGCUGUUGGACCACCUCGGCAUCGACACGCUGUAUGCGAGCGUCGGCUCGAGUUUGGGCGGCAUGCAGAGCAUUGCGGCCGCCCAUCUCUUCCGCGAGCGCGUUGGCCGCGUCAUCAGCAUAAGUGGAUGUGCUCGCAGUGCGCCGUCUGGCAUUGCGCUGCGGUACGCACAGCGGAGUGUGUUGAUGGCCGACGAGAACUGGAAUCGUGGCUUUUACUACGGUCCGAACCAGGUGCAGCCGCACAAAGGCAUGAAGCUCGCGCGGCAGAUUGCGACGAUCACGUACCGCUCGGGCCCCGAGUGGGAGCAGCGCUUCGGUCGCCGGCGGCACACGCAGCUCACCACCGAGGCCGACGCGGCCACACAUCGGGCGCCAGCGCUGUGCCCUGACUUUUUGGUGGAAACGUACCUCGACCACCAAGGCGAGCAGUUCUGUCUCAAGUACGACGCCAACUCCCUUAUCUACAUCUCCAAGGCCAUGGACCUGUUUGACAUGACGGACGACGCGCUGGCCGAGCUUGGCGCGGCGCGUAUGGAGGCGCACGGCGACGAUGGCAAUUUGCCCGUCGAGCGCAUCGAUCACGCACCUGCGAGCCCGAAGCGCCGCCCGCACAUCACGACUAUUUCGCAUCCCGGCGCCCAUGCGUACGUGCCUUCGUUGGCGCGGGGUCUGCGCCGCCUGCACGACGUGCCGAUCCUGAUUCUCGGUGUGCAGAGUGAUAUCCUCUUUCCCGUGGAACAGCAGCGCGAGCUGGCCGAGUGCAUCCGGAUGAAUGGCAACACGUCCGUGAUGUACUAUGAAAUUGAUGCGCCACAUGGCCAUGACAGUUUCCUCAUUGACGUGGCGAAUGUGGGCGGCGCUAUCAAGGGCUUCCUCAACUAG